AUGUCUUCAGAUAAGUCAGAUGUUUCUUUGAUUCGUUUCAAUGGCAAGAACUACUCUGCUUGGGCGUUUCACUUCGGGAUUUUCGUCAAAGGUAAGGAGGCGUGGGGACAUGUUGAUGGAAGUAACCCAAAUCCUGACAAAAACAAAGACAAAGACCAGCACGCCAAGUGGGAAGUCAAGGACGCUCAAGUUAUGACAUGGAUUUUAGGAUCUGUCGAACCUAAUAUCAUCUUGAACCUUCGAUCAUCUCAGACUGCAGCUCAGAUGUGGACUUACCUAAAGAAGAUCUAUAGUCAACGAAACACUGCUCGUCGGUUCCAGCUUGAACAUGAAUUGGCCGCUUUCCAACAGGAUGGCCUUUCUAUCUCUGAUUUUUACUCUAGAGUCACUAAUCUUUGGGCUGAAUACACUGAUAUAGUUUAUGCUGACUUACCAUUCGAAGGUCUUAGUUCUGUUCAAUCUAUCCAUGAAACUACCCAGAGGGAUCAAUUUCUGAUGAAAUUGAGACCUGAAUUUGAAGGCACCAGAUCCAAUCUUAUGAACCGGGAAUCUGUCCCCUCCUUGGAUACAUGCCUCAAUGAUCUCCUUCGUGAGGAACAACGCCUUCUCACUCAAACCACCAUGGAACAACGGAGAUCUGCAUCUGUUCCUGUGGCCUAUGAUGGCCAUAUCAUCAAGGAAUGUCCUACUCGACCCCCCAAGAAAUCAGAGACUGCAUAUACUGUCUCCGUUGGCUCUUCUAGUGCUGGAAGUUCUGUGACUACAGUACCGCUGACACAAAGUGCUCAUGCUCCUGUUCAACCUGUGACCCCUGACAUGAUUCAACAAAUGAUCAUUUUUGCAUUUUCAGCUUUAGGACUCUCAGAAUCACCAUCUCUUAGUGCUGUUCAAUUUGAUUUCAAUUCUUGCAAACUUGGCAAAAGUAAGACUCUGCCUUUUCCUAUUCACACACCACAUAUAGUUCAACCUUUUGAUAUGAUACAUAGUGAUGUGUGGGGCAUGGACUUCCUACAGACUCACGUCAUUAUCUCUCAACGGUCUUGUCCUUCAACACCUCAACAAAAUGGUGUGGCUGAAAGGAAGAACCGUCACCUCCUUGAUGUUGUUCGCACUCUCUUGUUAGAGUCAUCUACGCCCUCUUGUUUUUGGUGUGAAGCUCUAUCCACUGUUGUCCAUCUCAUCAACAGGUUGCCUUCUCCCACAUUGAACCACAACUCUCCCUUCACCAGGUUAUUUGGUCACCCUCCAAUUUAUUCCAACCUUUGUACCUUUGGUUGUGUUUGUUAUGUUCAUCUUCUUGCACAUGAACGCACAAAACUCACGGCUCAAUCGAUUCAGUGUGCUUUCCUAGGAUAUUCAGUACACCAGAAAGCUCCAGUUGUUAAUACCUCUUCUGCAGCUCCGGUCCCUUCUAAGCCUCUCUUAGUGUAUCAAAGACGCUCCUCCGCCACUUCCCACCAGCCUUCGGCACCUCCCAAGCCCCCUCAAGAUCCUUCCCCUCCUGCUGCUCUUGUUCCAGCAACUGCACCUCCCCCUCUCAGACACAGUACUCGGGUUCGUAGACCCCCGAAUAGGUUUGGUUCCUCUUCUCCUUCAUCCUUCACAGCCACCUUGUCUUCUAUUUCUCUUCCUUCAUCUUAUAAACAGGCCAUGAAGCACGAGUGUUGGCAGAAAGCUGUUGAAGCCGAACUUCUCCCCCUUGAGGAAAACCAAACUUGGGACGUUGUUCCAUGUCCCUCAUCCGUGAAACCCCUUGGCAGUAAGUUCGUGUUUUCUGUCAAGCUUCGUUCUGAUGGGUCCAUAGACCGUUAUAAGGCUCGGUUAGUGGCACUUGGCAACAAACAGGAAUAUGGUCUCGACUAUGAUGAGACCUUCGCACCAGUCGCCAAAAUGACCACUGUCCGAACUAUACUCGCUCUUGCUGCAUCCCAAUCCUGGCCCUUACAUCAAAUGGAUGUCAAGAACGCAUUCCUCCACGGUGAUCUCAAGGAAGAAGUUUACUUGAAACUUCCCUAUGGUAUGCCUACUUCCUCACCUAAUGAUGUUUGCAAACUAAAAUGUUCUUUGUAUGGUUUGAAGCAGGCACCGAGAGUAUGGUUUCAAAAGUUUCGCUCCACUUUGCUUGGUUUUUCUUUCACUCAAAGUCAGUAUGACUCCUCUUUUUUUCUACAACGGACAUCCAUAGGUAUCGUUGUCCUCCUUGUUUAUGUGGAUGAUAUUGUCAUCACCGGCUCUGACUUGGAGGCAAUCUCAGCGGUUCAAACUUUGUUGCAUUCUACAUUCCACAUGAAAGAUCUUGGUCAGCUCACUUAUUUCUUGGGUUUAGAGGUGCAUCAUCGGCCUCAUGGUCUCUUCUUGCAUCAGCACAAGUACAGUCAAGAUCUGGUUCAGUUAGCCGGCCUCACCAACACUACUUCAGUUGACACCCCCAUGGAACUUAAUGUGAAAUAUCGACGUGACGACGGGGAGCUUCUUGAGGAUCCUACUACCUAUCGGAAGCUGGUUGGUAGUCUUAUCUAUCUAACCAUCACCCGACCAGACAUCUCUUAUGCUGUUCACACUGUCAGCAAGUUCAUGCAAGCCCCAAUGCAUCUCCAUCUAUCUGUCCUCCAAACCUACAGUGACGCUGAUUGGGCCGGUUGCCCAGACACCAGGAAAUCUACUACUGGCUGGUAUAUGUUUCUUGGUGAUGCCCUUAUCUCUUGGAAAUGCAAGAAGCAAGACCACGUCUCCAAAUCAUCCACUGAGGCAGAGUACAGAGCCAUGUCUGAUGCAUGCUCCGAGAUCAUUUGGUUGCGUGGUCUCCUCAUAGAACUUGGUUUCGGUCCUAUUCAACCUACUCCACUGCAUGUUGACAACACUAGUGCCAUCCAAAUUGCUGCCAACCCUGUCUAUCACGAACGCACCAAGCACAUCGAAGUUGAUUGUCACUCAAUCAGAGAAGCCUAUGAUCAUCAGGUUAUCACCCUUCCACAUGUCUCUACUACUCUGCAGAUCGCCGAUAUCUUCACCAAAUCCAUGCCAUCAAUGAGAAUACCUAAUUUAAACAAAGAGGAGCCUUUCUACAUACUAUUCCUCUUUGCUCUUUAUCAGUUUUGGGAUCAAAGCCUGGUUGAGGCACUGAACUCUCUAAUUGACAACAUGGAUACUGAAAGUCUUCAAUCCACUGAUGAUUCAGCAUGCCAAGAACAAAUAAGCAGCCAAAGUUCAGGAAUUCAAGUGGAGGUGGUGAAAAAGAUGGGAGGUGAAAAUGGUGGUGAAAGAGGUGGUGGUGAAGGUGGUGGUUGUGGUUGUGGUAGUGGUGGUGGUGGGGAUGGAGGUUGUGGAGGUGGAGGCGGUGGAGAUGGAGGAGGAGGAGGUGGUGGUGAUGGUGAUGGUGGUGGCGGUGUUGUGGUGGUGAUGGUGAUGGUGGUGGUGGCGGUGGUGGAGAUGGUGAAGGUGGUGGUGGUGGUUGUGGUGGUGGUGGUGGUGGUUGUGGAGGAGGUGGUUGUGGGGAUGGAGGUUGUGAAGGUGGAGGUGGAGGUGGAGGUGUGGAGAUGGAGGAGGAGGAGGUGGUGGUUGUGGUGGUGGUGGAGGUGGGUGUUAGUGGUGGAGGAGGUGGUGGUGGUUGUGGAGGAGGUGGGUGUUAGUGGUGGAGGAGGUGGUGGUGGUAAUGGUGGCGGAGGGGGAUGUGGUGAUGGUGGCGAUGGUGGCGGUGGUGGUGGAGGUGGAUGUGGAGUUGGAGGUGGUGUCAUUUUUAAAAAUGAAUGA